CUGCGUUCAGUCCACUUUCUUGGUUGUCCUUUUACUAUUUGACUUCCCAUUGCCAAUUCAAUUCGUCCCUCCCUCCCACUCUCUUCCCAGACACGCUUGCUUAGAUCUUGAUUCUUGGAAAUGGCUUCUGUGCCGGUGUUGAAGAAGGUGGACAGUGAAGGAGCCUCGUCGGAAAGUGCCACCUCGGAGUCUGGCUCCGAGGAGCGAUUGCGGCCAAGUAGUAAUUCCGUCAAUACCGAUGCUCAUGGCACCAGCAUCAGAAGCAACAGCAGCGGUGGGGAGAGGUUUGAGUAUUCGGGGUGGGUUUAUCAUGUGGGGGUUAAUUCGAUUGGCCAUGAGUAUUGCCACUUCCGCUUCCUCCGCAUCCGCGGCCGGUAUGUGGAGAUGUAUAAACGCGAUCCCAGUGAGCAUCCUGGCAUUAAACCUAUUCGAAGGGGUGUCAUAGGGCAUACACUUAUGGUGGAGGAGUUAGGGCGACGGAAGUUGAACCAUGGUGAUGUGUACGUGCUAAGGUUCUACAAUCGCUUGGACGAAACCAAGAAGGGAGAAAUUGCUUGUAAUACAGCCGGUGAUGCCCGGAAAUGGAUGGAAGCAUUUGAUCAUGCUAAACAACAGGCCGAGUAUGAGUUUUCAAGAGGUGGUAGUGUGAGAAACAAGCUGAACAUGGAGGAUGAGAUUAACCUGGAGGGACAUCGGCCUAGAGUACGGCGUUAUGCUCAUGGUUUAAAGAAGCUAAUAAGGAUAGGACAAGGUCCGGAAGUGCUUUUGCGCAAAGCCUCAAGCUUAGGUACAGAUGGUAGAUUGGAUGCAUAUUUUGAUGCAGAUGGUGGUGAUGUUGUCGAGGCACAUGAAUGGAAAUGUGUCCGUACAAUCAAUGGUGUGCGAAUAUUUGAAGAUGUGGCCAGCCCAAAGUGUGAUAAAGGUGUACUGGUCAAAGCUGUUGGUGUUGUUGAUGCGAGUGCAGAUACUGUAUUUGAAGUUGUGUUGAAUCCUGAUCGACACAGGAGAUACGAGUGGGACACUUUGACAGGUGACUUGGAGUUGGUUGAUUCUGUUAAUGGACACUUUGAUGUUGUGUAUGGGACAUUUGAUCCACGUUAUUUUACUUGGCGGCAGUCAAGAAGAGACUUUGUCUUCUCAAGGCAAUGGGUCCGAGGACAAGAUGGGACAUACACAAUUCUGCAGUUUCCUUCUGUACACAAGAAGCGGCCUCCCAGAUCUGGCUAUAAGCGCACAAAAAUCAACCCUUCCACUUGGGAGAUCAGUAAUUUAAGCACAUCUUCGCCGUCAAAUACUGCGAGGUGUCUAGUUACACAAACGCUUGAGAUAAGCCCCAAAGGUUGGUUUAAAUGGAGGAAUAAACACUGCCAGAAGUUUGAAAAGACUGUUCCUUAUGCAUUGCUGAGUCAAGUAUCAGGUCUGAAGGAGUACAUUGGAGCAAAUCCAGCACUUACAUCUGAGUCAUCUACUACAAUAAUUCAUUCGAAAGUGUCUGAUUUUUCUGGAUCCCAUAGUGAGUUCGAGGAUGCAGAAGGAGCAGACGAGUUCUAUGAUGCAAUUGCUGGUGAUUCCUCAUCUUCUGAUGAGGGUAGUGACAAUGAAGUAGAAGUCAAUAAGGAGAAGAAGAUUAAACUGAAGAACAUUUCCUGGGCCAUAGCAAGUUUAACACUAAAGAGGUCUUCAGCACCAGAAUCAAAUGAGUUGAACUCAAAUGUACCUCCCAUUAGUCUCGACUCAAGUCAGUUUCAUGGGACCAUGAAGAAAGCAAAGGAUGAAAGUGAUAAGAAUUGCUGGUCUUCUCCAGAUGGUUCUGGAUUCAUGAUCAGGGGGAAGACAUACUUGAAAGAUAACAUGAAGGUGAAAGGUGGAGAACCUCUUCUCAAGCUCAUCGCAGUUGACUGGUUCAAGGUGGAAGAUUGUGCCUCAAAGGUUGCUUUGCAUCCUAAAAGCCUUGUUCAGAGCCCCGAAGGACAGAAACUUCCAUUCAUUCUUGUCAUCAAUCUUGAGGUACCAGCCAGACCAAAUUACAGCCUUGUUCUCUAUUAUGCUGCAGACAGGCCUGUGAAGAAGGACUCAUUGUUGGGUAAAUUUAUUGAUGGCACUGAUAUGUUUCGUGAUUCAAGAUUCAAACUUAUUCCAAGCAUUGUUGAGGGAUACUGGAUGGUAAAGCGGGCAGUUGGAACGAAAGCUUGCCUUCUUGGAAAAGCAGUAACUUGCAAGUACCUCAGGCAGGACAAUUUUCUGGAGAUUGAUGUGGAUAUUGGUUCAUCAUCUGUGGCAAGGGGUGUCAUCAGUCUCGUCCUUGGAUAUGUCACAAGCCUUGUUGUUGAUCUUGCAAUAGUUAUUGAGGCAAAAGAAGAGGCAGAACUCCCAGAAUAUAUUCUUGGAACCGUCAGAUUAAACCGUGUACAGCUUGAUUCAGCUGUACCCUUAGAAGCAUGACGACCUAUUUAGUCAACAGAGGUUGCUUAUCUUGAAUAAUGUAACCAAAGCAGUCCUUAUUAAUCGUCCGGUACUCAGUAACAGCAAAGAUAAUGCAGAGAGACAAAAGGGAUAUGAUAAUGGCCUCCGAAGUAACACACAGCUAUUUGGUGAGACAGGAUUCUUUAUUGAUUAGGAUCCUGCUUGUAUUGAAGUCAUGACAUUUCUUGUAUACCAUGUUUGAUUCUAGUUUCUGAAGAUGGUUUUGCCAUUGAAUGUAGUUAGAGAAACUGAGCCAGAUCUAUGUGUAUUCCCCACCCCACCCACCUAAUGCUACUGACAUUGAAUCUGCAAAUAUAUGGGUGUUUGUACGUAUGUUUGUGUAUAGAUUUAUGGGCUGUUCUAACAGCAGCAGUAGAAGCCAAUUUUGGCUGUUUUCUUUC